AUGGAGAGCCAAACCCACGACACUGCCACCAGGCCGUACCAGUACGAAUCUCUGAACCACGAUCAGUUGGAGUUUCGACUACUUCAUCUCUUACCCGCGGACGAUUCCGCCGAGCCGCUUGCAUGCCGACUAGAGAUUGUAACUGGUCGCACUCGUCCACAUUUUGAGACGCUGUCGUACACUUGGGGAGGAGAAGCACCAUGCGAACCUGUGCUAGUUAACGAGGCAUACCUUCUGAAUAUCACGCCAAACCUAGCAAGCUUUCUACGACAGCGCCGAGACCCAACUGCAGAUGUUACAAUCUGGAUUGAUGCAGUGUGCAUUAACCAGAAUGACGUCGCCGAAAAGAACCAACAGGUGUCUGUCAUGAGUGCCCUCUACAUCGCUUCUCGCGCUGUCACCAUCUGGCUUGGACCAGCAGCCGACGAUAGUGACGUCGCGAUGGAGAAGCUAGCGGUACUCUCAAGGUCAACUGUCUACAGCAGAAUGCCUUCUGUUCCACCGGAGACGGCGGCUGCGAUCGGAAAUCUUCUCAAUAGGCCUUGGUGGACCAGGGUUUGGAUCGUUCAAGAAGUCUGCUGGGGCGCUCUCGGGGGCGGGCUGAUGACAGCUACAGUUCGCUGCGGUAGCAAAUCUAUCAGCUGGCAUGAUCUUGUCCUCGCAUGCGGGCGGAUCAAAGUCCAUGAAACCAGCCUUCGCCAGUCGAUUCCCCAUGUGGAAAGCGUUCUGCAUCUCGAGUCGGUCCGCUGGAGUGGCGAGCAUAUCUAUACGAAGGGUCACACCACGGGAUUUGAUCAGAACGACUUCUUGCAACUAGUUUCAAAGUAUCGGCAUUUUGACGCAACUGAUCCAAGGGACAAGAUCUAUGCUCUGCAGGGAAUGUUGAGGAACAGACCCGGGCUGGACACGACGCAGCUGCCUGUGGAUUAUGGCAUCGAUAUGGAGGAAUUGUACCAAAGAUUUGCCAUUAUCACAGCAGUCAGAGCCCCUGGGCUAGGAAUACUGCAACACUGUUCCGGGUCACUGGAUGACUACUUCAGUGGCAGACCAUCUUGGGUUCCUGACUGGUCUCUCAAGCGUCGAGAAAGACCUCUGCCCAACCGGGCAUCCGAGGUCAAGGAAGCAAUCCCAUGGUGGGCUGUGCCGCAGCAGAACGGCAAUACCAUUGGCUACCCCACCACGCACAGCAAAGCGAGAGACAUGGCACAAGAGGCUCUAGAAGACACAAGAGGUGUAGCGGUCGCCCUAUCUCAAGCAGAGAUAUUGAGCGAACUACCACCAGACCAACCAGAUGCUAAAAACACCAUACAAGACCUCAUUCGGCGAGGGGAAGUUGUGCUGACGUGCUUGCCAAGUGAGCCUCGCAUCGAUGCCGAAACUGAAGCAAGCAUGUCUGAGAUCUUCGAUCGAAUCAUGACAUCCAACGAGAGAAUAACCCAGCGAGCAUUCCUCCGGGAUUGGCUUGACGAGACAAAAGAGAAACGACCGCCCUACUCUGCAGGAAUUAGCCAAGCCACCAGCAGCACGCCGACAUUCUCGCAUGAUCUCAAGAGCAUGACUGUCGAUGGAAUUCUUUGGGACACCAUCGAGUCAACACACGAACCAUUCCCUGAGGAUUUAGACUCAAACUGGGAGGCUUCUACUCACUUCAUGAUCGCUGUCGCUCAGUGUAAGAGUAUGGCAAUGAUUCAAAACCAUGACUUGAAUCCAUACGGAAGUGAGGAUGCCAGAGAGAGCGCAUUCUGGGAUGCUUUGUUCGCUGGACAGGUUGUCGAUUUAUCAACAAGCCCUGACGAUUGGCUUCCUCGCCUGCCGCCAGCAUGGAGCAGUACAAAACCGCCGCUGACAUCAACCAAGCCAGGUCAAGUGGAAUUGGCUGAGAUAUCUGAAAUCUUCAAUAAAAAUUCUCGGCCCACGAGAGAUGCUGGUGAGGAUAGAGACUGGCUGGCUGUAGGAUUUGAAAAGUCUUUUGACCCGCAGUAUUGGACAGAAGCAGAACGGCUCCAAAAGACAGAGCUAUUCCAAGAGCUGGCGAACUUGUGGCACUCGCAGCCAUACGAUCUCUAUCACCGCCCCUUCAAGCUUCCAGCAGUUGUACCGGAUGCUUACUGGACUUGUCGCGUUCGGGACGAUAAAAGAGCGCGAGCGCUGAGCGCCGCAUCACGCUGCAAAAAAUGGAUCAACGGCAUCAUAAGUCCCGAUGAACAGAGCGCCAAACGCAGGAGGAAACAAGCUCUUAAAACCUUCGCCAAGACACCAUCAAUCAUUCCUCAGGAAACAGUCGACUUUCCUGUGGAGAAGUAUGCUCUAGGACGUCGAUUCUUUGUCACAACGCGCGGAUAUUUGGGCAUUGGUCCUGCAAACGCUCAUCCGGGUGAUCAUGUUGCUAUUUUGAUCAGCUCACAAGUGCCAUUUAUCCUCCGUGGAUGCAAGGAUAAUGGCUACAGAAUUGUGGGUGAGACCUAUGUGUCCGGUAUCAUGAGCGGAGAGGCUGUAGAUUUGCUUGUCAAAGAAGAGCAGGUGCUGGAUCGCAUCAAGUUAGUCUGA